UGGACAAACAAGCGAGCAGCGUCUGAGGAGUGACGUGACAUGUUAGCAGCUCGGUGUAUUAGCAUUUCAGGUCGCUAAUUAAACUUUAAAGUAUCGCUUGGAGCUUGAUAGCCCUUUUAUAUACAGUAUCCAUUUAAUUUGACGUACUAAUCAAAUGGCAGGCAAGAAGAAAGAAGCAAGUCUGCAGGUGUCUGUCACAAACCAAGAGCAGUGGGAGGAGAUGCGUGCAACUAAAGGUUUAACAGUUGUAGAUGUAUACCAACAGUGGUGUGGUCCCUGUCGAGCUGUGGUUAGUCUCCUACGGAAAAUAAAGAACGAACUGGGUGAUGACCUAUUACAUUUUGCCACAGUGGUGCAGGCUGAAGCAGACAGCAUUGAUGCUCUGGAGAAGUAUAGAGGGAAAUGUGAGCCCACCUUCCUCUUCUACGGGGUCUCUGUGUUGAAUGAACAGGGGGGGGAGCUGGUGGCUGUGCUGCGAGGGGCCAACGCUCCUCUCCUUCAGAGGAUGAUUGUAGAGGAAUUGACCAGUGAGAAGUUGGUCCUGGAGCAAGGUGGUGAACGCAAACCGGUUAAGGAUGAGGGUCUGGUGGAUGAUGAGAAGAAAGAAGAGGAGGCAACACCUCAGCAGUCAGAAAAUGAAGAAAGCAUAAUCGUUCCUGCCAGGAAAUCCUACACAGUUGCCAUCAUCAAACCAGAUGCUGUUGCUCACGGCAAAGCAAAUGAGAUAAUUAUGAAGAUUCAAGACGCUGGUUUUGAGAUCCUGGCCCACGAGGAACGCACGCUGACUGAGGCUGAGGCUCAAGAUUUUUACCAGCACAUAGCAACGGAGGCUUGCUUUGAGGACUUGGUACAGUUUAUGUCCAGUGGUCCGUCCCAUAUUCUGGUACUUUCUCAGGCUGAGGGCUCAGCCAACAUUGUACCAGCAUGGCGUGAAUUCAUUGGCCCAGCAGACAUAGAAGAAGCCAGGAGAGAAAAGCCUGAAAGCUUGCGGGCACAAUACGGCACACAGACACUGUUCAACGCAGUGCACGGUAGUGAGGACAUCGACCAGGCCAGCAGGGAGCUCGCCUUCUUCUUCCCCAACUUUAGAACGGGCCCAGUAACGGAGCAGGAUGGGGAGGAAGAGCGUGUGGAGAGGACACUGGCUCUUAUCCGGCCUGACGCUGCCAGAAAAAACAGAGAAGAGAUCUUGGCUCAAAUCCAUAAGUCGGGUUUCACUGUGGCUCUCCAAAGAGAGGUGAUGUUGACCGAGGAGCAGGUCAGACAGUUUUACUUCCAACAUGUUGAUGAGGACUACUUUCCUGCACUGCUCCGAAGCAUGACCAGUGGGCCAGUGCUAGCUUUGGCUCUAGCCAGAACUGGGGCUGUCCAUCACUGGAAGAACAUUCUUGGUCCUUCUGACGUUAACACAGCCAGAGAGGAGAGUCCUGAAUGUCUGAGGGCCCAGUUUGCUGUGGAGAGUGAGCCCAUCAACCAGCUGCAUGGCAGUGCAAGCAAUAAAGAGGCAGAACGAGAGAUCAACUUCUUCUUCCCUAAACAGCAAACACUGGCAGUGAUCAAACCUGAUGCCGUGGAGGAACACAGAGAGAAGAUUUUGGAGGAGAUCCGUGGCAGCGGUUUCUCUGUAACGCAGCUGAAAGAGGCGGUGCUGUCAAGGGAGAUGGCUGAGGAGUUUUACAAAGAGCACAGAGAGAAGCCUUUUUUCAGCCAGCUGGUGGAAUUCAUGUGUCGUGGGCCCUGUGUGAUGCUCGUCCUGACCAAAGAAAAUGCAGUGGAGGAGUGGAGGGCCAUGAUGGGCCCCGCAGACCCUGACGAAGCUAAGGCGACAUCCCCAAACUCUCUGAGGGCCCGCUUUGCCUCCGACAUCCUCCACAACUCGGUGCACGGCUCCUCCAGUGAGCAGCAUGCAGAGGAGAAGAUCCGUUUUAUUUUCGGGGACAUCUGCUCAGAUGCAGAGCUCACCAGUGAUGGAGAGACUGACACAACCGUUUCAGCAAAAGAGCAAGACAAAGAUCAAAACACAGCAAUGUCAAGAUCUCCAACUGAAGACAUUUCUGAUACCCAUCACCAGCAACACGAAGGUGACCCAAAUGAUACAAAUCCUUGCAGUCCAGAGACAGGAGGAAGUGACGAUCCAGGGCUCUCAUACUGAAUUAGCACUUAGUACUUUCUCUUGUACUGUAGGCUUAUUCUGUAACAUUAUGAGAAAACACACUGUCACCUCAUGAAUCAUGAAUUAAACACCACAUACUAUA